UUUUGGAUUCAAAAAUAUUAAACUGCAACUCCGAUCAAUAUUUGAGCAACAAAUUAGCAAGUUCUUUCCAUUUCCUUGUAUCUCCAGGAACAGAGACUUGUACUACUUCUUUAGAAUAUGAGCAGGGAGACACUGUCCACUCGUAUUAAGGAAUUUGAGGGAAAGCAUGCUAGGUUGACUAGAAAUGCUAACGAGUGUUGUAUGUAUAAAGUGCAUGAGCAAUUACGUAACGUAAACGAGAAGGCAUAUAAGCCUGUGCUGGUUGCCAUUGGUCCUUACAACGAUCAAAGCAAGGUUGGCCAGGGGUUUAUGGAAAUGCAUAAAUUGCGAUAUCUCCAUCAAAUGCUUAAAAGAACGAAAGGAAGUGUAGAAACAUACAUUGCCACCUUAAAUGAAUUGGAAGAAAGAGCUCGUAAUUGCUAUGGAGAACACAUUAGCCACACCCCAGAGGAGUUUGUAGAAAUGAUGGUACUUGAUGGGUGUUUCAUUAUUGAGUUGUUCCACAAGUAUGAAAUCUACAGGAAAACAGGAGAUUAUCAUGAAGAUGACCCAAUCUUUCAAAUGUGGUGGGUGCGCUCUAGAAUAGCUUGUGAUCUACUGUUAUUUGAAAAUCAACUUCCAUUCUUUGUUUUGGAUAAAUUGUUCGGAAUGAGUGAGAGUAACAACACAAUACUUCAUAACAGAUCCAAAAAGUUAGGAGAACACGUUGUCGAUAUUGAUGAGGAGAAAGAUGGAAUUACUAUUGAAAGCUCAACCUCCACAGCUCUGGUUAUCCAGGCACGACUAAAUGAUCUUGCCCUCAAUUUUUUCUCUUGCUUUUUACCAUUUGAAUGGAAUGUUGAUGCAUCAAGUUAUAAUUCAACCGAAAAGAUUAAGCAUCUACUUUGUUUGGACCAUGAAGCUCUCACCCCUUCACUUCUAGACAUGGUACAUCAACGUUUAAUGGUCGGGUUCAGAAUCAAGAAUGCAGAGUUUGAGCAUCUCCUUGGUCUCAUACAUGCAACAAUUAGUAUUUCAUUACUUGAUACAGAAAUAGAUCAUGCUAGAGAACGUCAAAAGGCAAGAGUCAAACUCAAGAAUGCAGAGAUAUUUAAGUGCCUAUUUGGGCUGAUUCGUGAAGCUAUCAUUCCAUUACUUGCAAAAAUGGAAAACAUGAGGAAGACAAUUCCGUACACCCGCAAAUUUCAGAAACCUAGAUUCCAAGUCAUUAUGGUAGAGAUUGAAAAUGAAGACUGGGAAUCAAUUCCGUUUGGCUCAGAGUUUCAAGAGGCUGGAGUUGAAUUCAAUAUGGCAAAGAAAUUUAAGGAUGGUCUAUUUGAGAUUUUGAGCUGGACAACAAUACCUUAUGCCAUUGAACUUCAAGAGGCUGGAAUUGAAUUCGACAAAGCAAAGAAAUUUAAGGAUCUACUUGCUUAUCGAAAUAGGAAUGAAGACCAAAAGUCAAAACCGUGGGAAACAGUACAGAAAUUGAAGCGUCUACUUUGUCUGGACAAGAUUGAAAAUUGGAAGUCAGUACCUUACGGCAAAGAGCUUCAGGAAGCUGGAGUCGAAUUCAACAAGGCAAAGAAAUUUAAGCGUCUACUUGCUCUUAGAGAUAUUGAAGCUAGGAACAUACAUGGUGCCACAGAGCUUGAAGAGGCUGGAAUCAAAUUCAAGAAGGUAGAGAAAUCUAAUGUGUUUUCCAUAAAGUUCAACAAUGGGCUAAUGGAGAUUUCACCUUUGAGCAUACAAGAUCAGACAGAGACUUACUUACGAAAUCUAAUUGCAUAUGAGCAAUACUGUCAUCCACCCUACGAAGUGAAUUACGUCUACAACUAUGUGUGCUUCAUGGAUCAUCUCAUUAACACUCUAAAGGAUGUUGAGUUACUUCGUCGAAGAGGAAUUAUCCAUAAUAAUUUGGGUGAUGAUGAAACUAUUUCCACCAUGGUUAACAAGCUUGGUCACUAUGUCGGUUUUUCAACCAACAUUUAUGCUAGAACUAUCAUGGAUGUGAACAUGCAUUGUAGGAGACGCAGGAAUGUAUGGAUGGCAAAAUUAAGGCGUGAUUAUUUCAACAGUCCUUGGGCAUGGAUUUCAUUUUUGGCUGCUUUCUUAUUGCUUGCACUUACAAUUGUACAAACCAUAUUUUCUAUUAUUCCGUAAGUUUUGGGUGCUACUUGAUGUGUGUUCUCUUGAUUAGUAAAUGUAAUAAAUAUCGAACAAUAAGAUUUUACCAAGUAAGAGUGACUUAUUAUCUUUUGUUGAGUUAUUUA